AUGUCCCGCUCCGCGCUUACAAGACACGCGCUCCAGAAGUCUCUCCGCGUUCAAAACGAACCUGAUGAACCGCCUGAACAGACAGAACGUCACGUCAAACAAGAUGAACUAUCAAUUCACGGCAAUGACACAACGUAUAACUUGAAUACGCUACUUCACCAAAAUAUACUUCAAUCCGCAUAUUUUCAUGAACUUUACAAAUUUAAAACAUAUCACGAGGUUGUGGAUGAAAUUUACUAUCGAGUUGACCAUGCUGAACCCUGGUCGCCUGGUACGGCACGCAUUCCGUCAAGUUGUUUUUGUUUGCUGCACAAGUUUUGUCUUAUGCGUCUCACGCGAAAGCAAAUGCAAGGGCUUUUACGACACAAGGAUUCACCGUACAUUCGCGUGGUUGGAUUUUUAUAUCUUCGCUUUACAUGCGAUCCUGAUGAGCUGUGGACAUGGUUUGAGCCUUAUUUGGAAGAUUCUGAGGAAUUUAACGCGUCAGCAAAUCCGAGCAUAAAGACAACGAUAGGAGAGUGGUUGAUUCGUCUACUGGAAGAAAAUAAUUAUUUUGGCACGAUUUUACCACGAAUUCCAAAGAAGAUUGAGGAUGGUAUUAAAGUGAAGCUUCUACUGUUAUCUCGUAAAAAGAAACGUGCAAAAGAGAAUUUGGCUAUCAUCAGCCAUCUCAAACCAGGCACAAAAGUCCGAUCAAUGUAUGCAGAUGAAGAGAAUGAGCCUGCGAUGUACGACGCGGUCAUUGAAUCAGUAGAGGAAGGCAACCAAUUUUGGGUUUCGUUUCCAGCAUAUGGAAAUACAGAGAAAGUGAGUCUUGGAGAUAUUGAAUUCACCUCGGGUAAACAACACCGUGAACGCUCGCCCGCUCGUUCCGGUUCUGCCAGAAGAUCGUCUUCGCGCUCACGAGGGCGUGACAGAGGCCGCGAUCGAGACCAUCGCCGAGAUCGCAAAAGACGAGAGAAAGACCGGCAUUAUGGCAGUAACCGAGACCGCUCGCGAUCGCGCGUUCGCUAUCAAUCUCGAAGCCGGUCGCGGUCGGCUUCGCGUGAUCAAAGCAGACGUGACCGCAGCCGAAGCCGCAGUCGUAGUUACGCGAAGAACAAAUCUGGAGACAGUGACAUCACUGAAAACUUACUACAACAAGUCCGUGAGCGAGAACGGCGCAAAGCUGAGGCUGUCGGACGUGACUAUGCCUCGCGACCUGCUAGCUACAAGGGCUCACUAUCACUUAAGCUGGAUCGCUGGACCACGAGAAAACGAUCACGUAGUCCAGUGAAACGAGAGGAGGUGGUGGUGGUGCAGCCAGGAAUGUCAAAAGGCGACGAGCCACACCGUAGCAGCUCGCCAUCCUCUGAAGAAAUCCGUAUGGCUGAGAAGCGUUUGGAAGAACUUCGAAAAAUGUACGGUGAUGCAUCCUCGAAAACAAAGGAUUAA